CUUUUGGGGAUUGGCAUGGAUACAAAGCUUCUUUCUUGUGGAAUCCCCGCCUCCGGUUUACCAGAAAGUUACGUGAGACCUGAAUCCGAGCGUCCCCGCUUGUCUGAAUUGUUGGAAUACGAAAAUGUCCCCGUCAUCGACUUGGGGUGUGAGGACAAGAGCCAUAUUGUACAACAAAUUUAUGUUGCCUGCAUGAACUAUGGGUUUUUUCAGGUUAUUAAUCAUGGAGUUCCGAAAGAGGCGGUGGAAAGAAUGCUACGGGUGGCGCGUGACUUCUUUGGGUUGCCGGAGGAGGAGAAGAUGAAGCUCUACUCAGAUGACCCUAGGAAAACCACGAGACUUUCAACCAGUUUUAAUGUGAAAAAGGAGAAAGUACAUAACUGGAGAGAUUAUCUACGCUUACACUGUCAUCCUCUCCACAAGUAUGUUCCCGAGUGGCCUUCCAACCCUCCUUCCUUCAAGGAAACUGUAAGUGAUUACUGUGUACAAGUUCGAGAGCUUGGUUUUAGAUUACGAGAGCUGAUAUCAGAGAGCUUAGGCCUGCAAAAAGAUUACAUAAACAACGUUCUAGGGGAGCAAGGCCAGCAUAUGGCAGUGAACUAUUACCCACCAUGUCCGGAACCGGGACUGACCUAUGGAUUGCCUGCACAUACAGACCCCAAUGCUCUUACAAUUUUACUCCAAGACCUCCAAGUUGCAGGUCUUCAAGUACUCAAAGAUGGCAAAUGGCUCGCCGUUAAUCCCCACCCCGAGGCGUUCGUCGUUAACAUCGGUGAUCAAUUACAGGCAUUGAGUAAUGGGAGGUACAAGAGCGUGUGGCAUCGGGCGAUCGUAAAUUCCGAUAAGGCAAGGAUGUCGAUUGCUUCAUUCUUCUGCCCUCAAGACCAUGCUUUGAUCAGCCCUGCAAAACCUCUCACUGAAGAAGGAUGUGGAGCAGUGUACAGGGAUUUUACUUAUGCUGAAUAUUACGAUACGUUCUGGUCCAGGAACCUGGACCAAGAACAUUGUUUGGAACUUUUCAAGAACUAAUAUUGCCCUAUGAAA